CUGGGGAGAAAUUACGCACCGGUGCGCACUACGCGUCAGUCCACUCCAAACAGAACAACUUUGAAUAGCUAAGCAAAUAUAGUUUUCACAAUUAAGACACCUAGUAGAGAGGUUGUGUUCAUGUUCCGUUCAAGUACGAGAAUUUAUGUUAUGUUGUAUGCUAUAGAUGGCGCGAAAAGGUAUCGGUGUUAAAAUAUUUCGCUAAAAACGAAAUGGACGCUUAGCUGGAGUGGUAGGGAAACCUUUCUGUGCUCCUGGCCGGAUUAACAAAUAUAUGUGUCAUGUCGGAGAUAAAUAAUUCAGCGGAGCCUGACAUUCACGCUGAAAGUGAGGAAUGUCCUCCGGAAGAUUCAUUUGGGUUUGGAGAUGAUCUGGAGUUAAAUCAGUUCGAUGGCUUGCCCUUUUCCUCACGUUACUACAAAUUACUAAAAGAGAGGAAGACUCUGCCAGUCUGGAAUGUCAGGUGUGAGUUUGAAGACGCUCUGGCAAACAACCAACUGGUUAUUGUGUCUGGGACAGCAAAGACUGGGAGGAGUACACAGAUCCCUCAGUGGUGUGCACAGUUCUGUCUGACUGCACAGUACCAGCAUGGCAUGGUUGUGUGCACACAGACCAACAGACAGCAGGCUGUAGAUCUGGCCUUACGCGUGGCUGAUGAAAUGGACGUCAACAUAGGCCACGAAGUGGGCUACACAAUCCCUCUGGAGACCUGCUGCUCCUCCGACACUGUUUUGAGGUACUGCACUGAUGACAUGCUGCUGAGAGAGAUGAUGUCAGACCCUUUUCUGGAGCACUACGGGGUCAUUAUCAUUGAUCAGGCCCACGAGAGGACAGUUAGCACAGACAUACUGCUGGGUCUCCUCAAGGACAUCCUGCUGCAGAGGCAUGAGCUUAGAGUAGUGGUCCUCACCAUCCCACCCAUGACCGACAAGCUGCUGAGCCACUACGGCAGCAUCCCGCUCAUCAGUCUGGAGGUCUCGUGUCCUGCUGAGGUGGUGCACAGCAACAGCGGCAACAAAGACUCCUUCUAUUCAGCACUGAGACUGGUGCUGGAGAUCCAUCGAACCAAAGAGGAGGGAGAUGUUGUAGUGUUUUUUGCCUCGGCUGAGGACGUUCAUUGUGCCUACAGCAUUCUCCGGAGAGAGGGCACCAGGCUGGGUGCGGAGCUGGGCCAGAUGGUUUCUGUGGUCCUGUGCCCAGGCAAGGGAGGGUUACUGCCUGUCCUGACUGAGCAACCAGACUCCAAGAGGUCCAGGAGGGUUUUCCUCUCUACCCAACAGGGGGAGGAUAUGUGGUGGCCUACAGAGUCUGUCAACUUUGUCAUUGACACAGGAGUCCAGAAAAAGAUGGUGUACAAUCCAAGAAUAAGAGCUAACUCGGAGGUACUUCAACCUGUCAGUCAAUGUCAGGCAGACCUACGCAAGCAGCUGUCUGGACCAACCGGUAAAUGUUUCUGCCUGUAUCCAGAAGAUACCCAGCUUCCUGUAGAGAAAUCCCCACAGAUCUUGGAGUCCAACAUCACACCAACAGUCCUUUUCCUGAAAAGGAUGGAGAUAGCCGGCCUUGCACAGUGCGAUUUCAUCGACAGACCAGAUCCCGAGGGUCUCAUGCAGGCAUUGGAGGAGCUGGAUUACCUCGCAGCUUUAGAUGAUGAUGGCAACUUGUCUGAGAUUGGCAUUAUAAUGUCUGAAAUCCCUCUGGACCCUCAGACGGCCAAAGCGCUGGUUGCAUCCUGCGAGUUUGACUGUGUGAGUGAGAUGCUGACGAUCGCAGCAAUGCUGUCAGCGCCAUGUUGCUUCCUGGAGCCACCUGCUGGCAUGACCCACGAGGCAGUCCAGUGUCUAAGAAAGUUCCAGCACCCUGAAGGCGAUCACUUCACCCUCAUAAACAUCUACAAUGCCUUCAAACAAAGCCAGAAAGACCAAUACUUCAGUGCUGAAAAGUGGUCCCAGGACUAUUUCCUGGAUCAUUCCGCCCUGAAGGCAGCUGAGGUCAUUAGAUCAGAGUUGACUGAGACUCUGAACAGGAUCGAGCUUCCCAUCUCCGAGCCCUCCUUUGGAACCAAGACCAACACCCACAACAUUAAAAGAGCUCUGUUGGCUGGGUUCUUCAUGCAGAUUGCUCGAGAUGUUGACGGAUCAGGAAACUACUUCAUUCUGACACACAAGCACAUGGCCCAGGUGCACCCGCUGUCCGGCUACGGUGCUCAGUCACACAAGCUGGGGCUGCCAGAGUGGGUUGUUUUCCACGAGUACACCCUUUCAAAGAACAACUGCAUGAGAACAGUCUCUGAAAUUUCCCCUGAAGUGUACAUUCAAAUGGCACCACUGUACUUUUUCUACAAUCUGCCACCUAGUGAAAGCAAAGACAUACUGCAAGACAUGUUGGACCCAGAUGGAUCCAGAAAAUGUAAAGACGAGAAACAAAAAGCCAUCGCAAUCAGCAGCAACGCCAACAGUAGUGCUGCAGCGGUGCCACAGUCUUACGACAGAUGUGUGAUUCAAUGAUGCAAAAUCAUAAAUAUCAAAAUCUAGGCUAUCA